GCCGGUGAGAGCCGAACCGAGCCGAACCGAACCGAACUAAACUGAGCCGAGCCGAGCCUAACAGAACCGAGCCGAACUAAACUGAACCGAGCCGAGUCUAACAGAACCGAGCUGAGCCGAACUGAACUGAACUGAGUCGAGCCGAACUGAGCUGAACUGAGCCGAGCCGAGCGGCGGCGAGUGCCGAGCAGAGCCGAGCCGAACCGAACCGAGCCGAGCCGAGCCGAGCGGCCGGUGAGUGCCGACCCGAGCCGCACCGAGCGGCUGGUGAGAGCCGAACCGAGCCGAGCCGAGCAGCCAGUGUGUGCCGAACCGAGCCGAACGGAACCGAGCCGAGCCGAGCCGACCAGAACCGAACCGAGCCGCCGGUGAGAGCCGAACCGAGCCGAGCAGCCGCCAUGGCCGAGGAGCUCAGCGAGCUGCUGAGGGAGUUCCACGAGGUGAUGGAGGACUUUGAGCGGGGCCCCGCCUGCCAGUACCAGCAGCACCUGCAGGAGCUGAAGAGGAGAGCGGGACAGGGCGUGUAUGACAGCGGCAUCGAUGAGCUGGAGAGUGCCAGCACGUCCCCAGGGAGCAGCCUCAGCUCCAGUGAGGAGCACCUCAACACCCCAGCUGGCACCUUGCCCCCCAAAGCAAAGCUUGGAGACACGCAGGAGCUGGAGGAGUUCAUUGCAGACCUGGAUAAAGCCUUGGAGGAGAUGUGAGCCUGCAAGAGCAGCCCUGGGUGUCUCUGCUGCUGCCUCUGCUUCUGCACCCCCUGGGUGGGACAGCCCUGGGGACAGGGAGGGCACUGGGCACAGAUCCAGCCCUGCCAGCGCCAGGAGAGGACAGCCUGGGUGGGCAAAGGGGUUUGGGGGGAGCUGGGCCACUCCUGAAACCCCCAGAGUGAUUCUGGGGCAGAUCAGCUUGCAGGACAUCACUGUGACCUCAGUGUCCCCCCCAGGCUGGGACCCCCAUUGCUUGGUGGCAUCUGCCAGUGCUGAGCCUUGCUGUGCAUGGGGAGCCCCAGAUGGGGCCCUCCCUGCCCCCCAAGUGCCCCUGCCCCAGCUGCUGCUGUAAAUACUGUAAAAAAAAGAUGGUUUUGCUGUACAGAGGUGGUUCUGUGAACAGGAUUUUGGAAGCUG